UACGUCGAGAGCGCACGGAAAGAGGCCCUCAUGGAUGCGGAACUGAGUGUACAGUGAAUUGGAAUUGUAACGUUAGCUGUCAAACGAAGGAGCUGAAAACGUUGUCCUUUAAGCGCUAUUUUGAAGACGGCGGACACUGUGAAGUACCGUUUUCUCAAAAGAAUUAAAAAUGUUCCGCUUGCGGGCGUUGACGGCGGCCACUGUUGGCAUGGUGCAGUUGUCGAGGAGAUACCACGGCAACGCCACACGGGCGCCUAACCGGCGGAGGCUCCUGCUGGCAGCGCUGGCAGGCGUGACCGGCGUGACGGCCACCACAGGAAUGCUGUGGACGAGGGCCUACGCGGAGGCCGCCUCCGUCACCCCCGAGGAGCGCCUGGAGGAGGAGGAGCCCAUGAAGGACGGCGCCCCCGACAACGGCUCGUCCGACAGCGCCCUGGAGUCCAGCGGCGGCGAGGAGGACGACGGCGAGGACAGGGGAGCCGAGGCCAAGAAGACCAAGCCGCGCGUCGGCUUCCGUGACCGCAAGGUUAUGGAGUAUGAGAACCGCAUCAGGGCGUACUCCACCCCCGACAAGAUCUUCCGUUACUUCGCCACGCUGAAGAUCAUCAGCGAGGGCGGCGACGCCGAGGUCUACAUGACGCCCCAGGACUUCAUACGCUCCAUCACGCCCAACGAGAAGCAGCCGGAAAAUCUGGGUCUAGACCAAUUCAUCGUGAAGCGGUAUGAUGGAAAGCUUGUUUUUCCCCUCCCACUUGCACUGAUGGGACCUAAGCAGACAGAGAAGAUCGCUCAGGAGCGGGAGAAGUUUGCGGACGAGGACAGCAUCUUCUACCAGCUGGGCGAGUGUGGCCUCAUCUCCUUCUCCGACUACAUCUUCCUCACCACCGUCCUCUCCACACCCCAGAGGAACUUUGAGAUCGCCUUCAAAAUGUUCGACCUGAACGGAGACGGGGAGGUGGAUCUGGAGGAGUUUGAGCAGGUGCAGAGCAUCAUCCGCUCCCAGACCAGCAUGGGCAUGCGCCACCGCGACCGCUCCACCACGGGCAACACGCUCAAGACGGCCGGCUGCAGCUCCGCCCUCACCACCUACUUCUUCGACGCCGACCUCAAGGGCAAGCUGACCAUCGGCAGCUUCCUGGAGUUCCAGCGCAAGCUGCAGCACGACGUGCUCAAACUGGAGUUUGAGAGGAACGACCCAGUGGACGGCAGGAUCUCGGAGAGGCAGUUCGGAGGCAUGCUGCUGGCCUAUAGCGGCGUCCAGUCCCGCAAGCUCAAACAGACACAGAAGGCGCUCAAGAAGAUGUUUAAGGACGCACAGGGCAUCACGUUUGAGGAGGUGGAGAACUUCUUCACCUUCCUGAAGAAUGUGAAUGACGUGGACACGGCCCUGAGUUUCUACCACAUGGCUGGAGCCUCCAUAGACAAAGCUACCAUGAAGCAGGUGGCUCGCACGGUGGCCAAAGUGGAGCUGUCCGACCACGUGUGUGAUGUGGUGUUUGCGCUGUUUGACUGCGACGGCAAUGGGGAGCUGAGCAAUAAGGAGUUCAUCGCCAUCAUGAAGCAGCGUCUGAUGCGGGGCCUGGAGAAGCCCAAGGACAUGGGCUUCACACGGCUGGUGCGCGCCAUGUGGAAGUGCGCCCAGGACACGGCCUGGGACUUCGCUACUCCCAAAGCCCAUUAGUGCCAAGGGAGCGCGACAGACAGACAGAGAGGGAGAGAGGGAGGGAGGGAGAGAGAGAGGGAGAGAAGGGCGGUAAGAGGACAAAAGAGGAGAAGAGAUGUGGGGCUGUGGGGAGAAGAACGGCGAGGAGGAGAAACCCGAAUGGGUGCCAGAGGCGUUUUGGCAUCGCAAACCAUCCUCUCUCUCUCUCUCCAUUUCUCUCCCUCUCUCUAUCUUUCUCUCUUUCUCUCCAUUUCUCUCCCUCUCUCCCUCUCCCUCUCUCUCUCUCUCUCCUCCCGGAUUUAAAUAAAUCAUUCUGCUAAGGAACUCAUUAAGAUGCCACUCCUGAUAAGGCUGAUCAAUCAUGCACGCGUGCGUACCACAGCAGGGCGCGCUGCCCAACGCCACCUCCUCCGCCAGCCGGCGUCUGCCAAGAGCGCCAGUGUGGUGCAGUGUGGGAGGGGAGGGGAGGGCACUGGUGGUGAUGGGACGGCAAAUAAAGAGUUGUGCAUCGUUGACUGAUGGGACUUUUGCAGCGUUGUAAUGCUUGUGUUUAUCUCCGCUUUGGUGAAUCAACUGUCCCCGGUCCAAACCAGGCCUUUAAAAUAAUUGCAUAACAUAAGAAGCAAUUAUUGUGUUUCAACACUCCGUUUCAUUCUCAUUAGUUUUUAUUCACGUUCUGAGGGUCCUAUUAUUCAUAUGGGUUAAGAGACUGAUAGAUUUCUGGAUAUUAGCCCACUAGAUUUCCUCUACAUGAAUGAGACCAUUAAGUCUUGUUCAGUCCAUUCAGCACUAAAUAUAUAUAUAUAUAUAAAUAUAUAUUCCCCAUACAGAUGUUCUGUAUGUUAGCCAAAAACACUGUGUGCGUGUGUGUGUGUGUGUGUGUGUGUGUGUGUGUGUGAGAGAGAGAGUGUGUACAGAGCUAGAGCUUGAGUAGAUGCUGGGUGAAAGAAUGCUGGUGUGUUGCUGUUGUCUCAAGUGUCUUGUGUGUUUGAAACUGCAGCUGCUGUCAUCUGCUCCCUCUGUACACAGUGCAACCCCUUUGAGCGUAAAGUCCUGCGCCUAUAUAAAUAUAUAUAUCUUAUGGUCCUGCGAAUGUUUGUUAUGCCUGAGUGACUUUGUAGAGACUGAUGUAAAAAGAAUGCCUCAAUUAAAAAUGUUGCUUUUUUUUCACGA